AUGGGGGGGAAGCGAAACCCCGCCUCCGCCGCGCGUGGGCAGGCCCCGAAGAGGCCGAGGGGCCCGCCGACGGCCGUGAACGGCGGGAGCGGCUCGGCCGCCGCGAGCCGCGUGUCUGCUGCUCUGUCCGCUGCAGCUGGCGCCGCGCCUCCGCAGCCCAGGCCCAGGGCGAACGCCGUCGUGGACCCUGGCGUGCCGAGCUCCUGCUGCUGCUUCUGCCUGGGGUCCCUGGAGAGCGGCGGGCCCGCCCAUGGGGAUGAGGCCCACGAGCGUUGCUACAAGACUUGGGAGAUCGGCUACUCGUACUUGGAGAUGAGCGUGUGCGCCCUCAAGUGCCGCACGGAGGAUGCAUUCAACAGGUCGUUCAAGAAGUCCAACGGCGUCUUGCACGACAACGCGCAGCUCUCCUUCUACCCAGGUGCGGUGAGCCAGGGCGUCACAUCUUCGCAAGUUGUAUCCCGUACUUUCGGGGCGUUCAGCAGGAGUGAGUUCUUCGACCACUGGAAGUACAUGCCAGAGCAGGUUGGCAUCAAGUGCAGGACGAUCUGGGACGAAUGGGGCGCUGAAUACGCUGGAGUUCUCACCUUGGAGAUUGCGGGGGCGCCGCGCAUCUUCACCAUGGAGCACAGGAAGUCCCUGAAUCGCGACGAGCACAGCUUACAGGUUGCCAACUGCAUCCACAAGGACCAGCCCGUGGAGACCUUCAACGUGAUGCAGCAGCAGGUCGCGGCCGACGUGGAGCCGACUGGGGCCAAGGCGUUGUCCAUGGCAGAGAUCACGCGGCGCUGCGACGCGAAGAAGGUGCCGAAGAGCUCGGCAGCAGAGGAUCCUCAGCGUGUCGCUGCGGAGGUUGCCGACACGGGGGCCAGCGACGUCGUCGAGCCGAGUGCCCCGACCAUCCUCGGGGGCUGUCAUCGCUUGGCUUCUGUUCGCAACGCUGCGUGCACUCGGAGGGCCAGGAUGAUUGCCGACAGCCCAGUGGUUGCUCGCCUCCCGUCGGGCAGCGCAGUGGGCGCGGGGUCCCCGAGCGUGGCAUCCUUGAGCUUGGAGUCGCCCUUGGCCGUCGGCAGCGCUGCGCCGCCUCCAGGCUCUGUCAUCGGGCCACGCGACUCGGUAUCCCAGAUCGGCGACGACAUUCCGAUGGGCGUCUGCCCCAAGAUGGAGCCGCCCCCCAAGGAGAUGCUCGAGCACGACCCUUUCAAGUACAAGUGGGGGGCCCAGGUUUUCAAGCUGCGGACAAGCUCUGUCCUCAACGGCAGGACGUCCUACGGCCGCGAACGGCGGACUGCCGAGAUCUACCACGAGGAGGCGACGAAGGUCGGGCGGUCCGGCCUGGCGACGACCUUGAGGGAGGAGAUUGACUUUAACGAGAAGUGCGAGAUGGCCGCGAAGGGUGACAUCCUGACGAUGGACUCUGCCGCGCUCGCGGCGUUGUGCACUGAGAUCAACAACAAGCAGCCGCCCAUGUUCUACACGACGAAGUUCCUGCUGGUCGUGAGGGCCUUGAAGGAUUGGAAGGUCGAGGCGGUGACCAAGGGCAUCGAGGCAUUGUUCGACAAGUUCUGGGACAUCCAGUCCCCCUCUAAGUUGGAGGUAGACAGCGAGGAGCACAUCGAGUUCGACGUGAUGCAGCCGCGUUUGCGAGCAGUCGGCGGGUCAGUCGCCGAGCGGUGCUCGAAGAUGCUUGACAACCUUUACGACUGCGUCCUCUGCCCCUUGAUCGCUGACGGGAAGAACUCUCUCCCUGUGCUGGUGGCCAUAUGCAAGAAGCUCGUCCUACAGGUCGACGGGGUCAUGGAGUGCCAGACGAAUGGCGAGCUGGAGGACUGGGGCGACACCGUCGUCAACGUGUGCAGGGCGUUGGUUGGCAUCGCUGUGGAGGACGCCAAGCUGACGCGCGAGUCCUGGUUGGCCGUCGAGGCGCUGGACAGGUCUGGCUCUCCCAUCUUCGCAUCGAUCAGGGCGAGCCCCUUCUACCGCGAUGCCCUGGCGACGUAUCGCAGGGUGCUGCCCGCGACCAAGAGGCUCGGCGGGCCGAUCGCCACCGCCGAGGCCGACCUCAAGAGCCUGCCCGAGGAGCUGACGCAUGUGAACAUUGUCGUCAUCGAGGCGGCCAUGGCCCAGCUCAAGGAGGCGAAGGGCCAGCAGCUGCGCAUGGGGGAGUACUUCCACCUCGAGAAGGAGUUGGUGCCCAGG